AUGGAGGGAUUGUGUGACCUCGAGUUCAUGAUCCCUGCCCCAUCUCUUCAACCCCACAAACCACAAACCACGACCCUCAACCCUCAGUUCUCUGGCCUCACCCCUCACCUCUCACCCCUCACCCCGCAGCCCUCAACCCUCAGCCCUCAACCCUCAAGUCUCAACCUCUCGGGUCCGGGUGUGUUCACUCAGGGGAAAUCAUCGGAUUGA